CAGCAUUUAAAUUCCGCAGGCCCGGGCUGUCAGCAGCAGCGAGAGGAGGCAGGAGCGCAGACAGCAUCCUCCAGCGCCUGACUCCUGGGCAGCCGCAGCCUUCCCUGCAGGACACCCGCAGAGGAAAAUUCACCAUCAUGAGGGUUACUGUGAUUUGCUUUUGCCUCUUAGGCAUCGCCUCCUCUUUCCCAGUUAAGCAGGCUGAUUCUGGCAGCUCUGAAGAAAAGCUGCACGACAACAAACUCCCAGAAGCUGCAUCUUCAUGGUUAAAAUCUGACCCAUCCCAGAAGCAGAAUCUCCUAGCACCACAGAAUGCCAUGUCCUCUGAAGAAACCAACGACUUGAAACAAGAGACCCUCCCAAGCACCUCGAAUGAGAGCCACGACCACAUGGACGACCUGGAUGAUGAAGAUGAUGGAGACCUGGACACCGAUGACCCCAAUGACGAGGAUGAUGCUCACCAUUCCAACGAGUCUGACCAUUCCGAUGAAUCUGAUGAAGUGGUCACCGAGGCCCCCACGAAUGGCCCGGAAACCCCCAUUUUCAGUCCCAUUGUCCCCACUAUAGAAACAUUUGACGGGCGAGGCGAUAGUCUAGCUUACGGACUGAGGUCAAGGUCAAAGAAGCUCCACGUUUCUGACAGUCAGUUCUCCGAUGUCACAGACGAGGACCUCACCUCACAUGUGAAAAGCCAGGAGUCCCACGAAGCACACCAGGCUGUGCUCCUUGCCCAGCACCUGAAUGUGCCCUCUGACUGGGACAGCCAUGGCAAGGACAGUCACGAGUCCAGUCAGCUGGACGACCUGAGUGUGGAGACCCACAGCCAGGAGCAUCCCAGAGAGCACACACGGAAGGCCCGAGACCACAGCAGUGAGCACUCCGAUGCGGUGGACAGUCGGGAAGGCGCCAGAGCCAGCCCGGCGCUCCGCAGCCAGGAGCACCACAGCCAGGAGCUCCGCAGCCAGGAGCAUCACAGCCAGGAGCUCCGCAGCCAGGAGCUCCGCAGCCAGGAGCAUCACAGCCAGGAGCUCCACAGCCCGGAGCUGCACAGCCCGGAGCUCCACAGCGUCGAAGACCCCAAGAGUAAGGAGGAAGACGAACACCUGAAAAUCCGAAUAUCUCAUGAGUUAGAUAGUGCGUCUUCCGAGGCCAAUUAAAAGAGAGGAAAGUAAUUUCUUAAUUUGCUCUUAGUAAAAAGAAAAAAAAUUCAUUAUAGAGCAUUGAGAAAGAACAUGAAAUGUUUAUUUAGGAGGUGAAUGUAUAUGUGUGUGGCUUUGGAAAUUAAUGUUUUCAAUCGUUAGUUCAGUUUGUUGCUUCGUGGUAAUACCCUUGUAGCCUGCAAGCUUUAGCAUUUUGUCUAUGUUCUUUCAAUGGAAGAAAUGCAAGCCCUCACUGCAUUUUAAUGUUGGCUGUUCUUUUAUGAUUGGAAAUGUAUGUAGAGGCAAACAAAAACACUUUCACACAAUUGCAAGAGAUUAUAACAUUUUAUAUCACUAUAAUCUUUUCGUUUUUAAAUUAGUGUAUAUUUUGUUCUGAUUAUUUUGUUGGUAUGAAUAAAUCUCAAAUCUGGAAUGUAA